AUGGAUAUGGAAAAUAUUCGUCAAGUACUUGAAGAUGCUGCUCAAACAUUCUUAUCAGCUGCUAAUACAAUUACAAAUGAACGACGUCGUGAAGCUGAAAAAGUAUUUUUACAAUUUCGUCGUUCACAAUUUUCACUUGAUUUAUAUCGAUAUUUAAUUGAACAUUCAUCAUCAAGUUAUGUUGUUUAUCAAACAUUAACAGCACUUCGUGAAGGUAUUGUUAAAGAAUGGUCAUCAUUAGAUGAUCCAUUAAAAGAACAAGUUGUACAAUAUCUAUUAUCAUAUAUUUAUACACAUUAUUCAACAUUAUCUGUACAUGUACGAGAACAAGCAUUACAAAUUCUUGUUGUUAUUAAUAAACGACGAAAAGCACAACGUACACAAAUACCCAAAAAUGGUUUUACUGUUAGUAUAGCAUUAAGUAAUCUUUUACAAUCAAAUAAUGAUAAAGAAUUUCAAUU